UGGCUGAGGACCUUGAUUGCUGAUUCAUGGCACCUGUUAGCCUAUAGAUCAAGCUGGUGUUUAAAGGGGCCCAUUUCACCUCACAAAUGCUUGAGCGUUCCAGCAAAGUGUGUCUUAUCUGUAGUGUGUUAUCAACCGGUUGUUUCAACAUGGCAAAGAAAGUGUUGAUCGUGUACGCCCACCAGAGCCCAGCCUCAUUCAAUGCAGCAGCUAAGAAUGUAGCUGUUGAGGUUCUGACAGCUAAGGGCUACACAGUGGAAGUCUCUGAUCUGUAUGCUAUGAAGUUCAAGGCCACGGCCACUACUGAGGACAUCACAGGAGACGUAAAGAACGCCGAGCACUUCUGCUAUGGGAAUGAGACCAAAUUGGCAUGGGAGGAAGGGAAGCUCUCUGCUGAUAUCACUGAGGAACAGCGCAAGGUCACAGAGGCAGACCUGAUUGUCUUUCAGUUCCCCAUUUAUUGGCUGAGUGUUCCUGCUAUCAUGAAGGGCUGGAUUGACCGAGUCCUCACACUGGGGUUUGCCUACACGCCAGAAAAGAGAUACAGCAAUGGAGUCUUCAAAGACAAGAAAGUGAUGCUCUCCUUCACCACUCAUGAGGCUGAGUCCACAUUAAGUGCCAAUGGCAUUCACGGAGACAUUAAUGUUGUACUUUGGCCGCUACAGAAUGGUGUCCUGUACUACUGUGGCUUCCAGGUUCUGGCCCCACAGAUCUUCUGGGCUGCCUCCGGUGUCCCCACAGAGGCCCGUAAUGCCAUGCUGGAGGCCUGGCGCACACGGCUGCAGACUCUUUUGGAAGAGGAACCACUGCGCUUUAGUCCGUUGGACUACUUCGAUGAGGAGAAGGGGUUCCAGGUGAAGCCUGAGGUCCUUGAGAAACAUGCUGCCCAGAAGGUUGGAGUUGCAGUGGGAAUCCACCUGGGGAUGCCGCUUCCAGCAAACAGUCAGCUCAAAGCUGGUGUCUGAGGGUUGAGUCUUGGUGUUUAAACUGAUUAAAGUAUCUGGAAAUGUA